UUCCUUUUGAAUUUAAAAACCAAGAUGUGCAUGUGUGUUGUAUAUAUAUAAUACACACAACAUACAACAUAGUUUCACAAUUCGCACCAACAAAAUUUGUCCACAAAUACACCAAAGAAAAUACAGAAAAAACGGAAGCUGGGGCCACCAUCAACAUGUCGCAGUUCCUCUGCUCUCUAACGAUCGUCUUCAUAUUCCUAGCAUCGACAAACAUCCAAAAAACAGCAGCCGGUCCACCAUCCUACUCCCAAAACCACAAAACGUUCGUGAAAACGGCUUGCAACUCGACAACAUCCCCUGGCAAAUGCUACAAGUCCUUAUCCUCAUACUCCACCACCAUCAAAUCCGACCCAAUCAAGCUAUGCAUCACCGCGCUUAACCUAAACGUGAAAUCCGCAAAGGAAGCGACUUCCGUAGUCUCUAAGCUUCUCAAAAAGUCUCAGAAAUCCACCGCGGGACGAAAGAAUAAAAUGUUAUCGGAGACACUUAUUCUCAAGGAUUGCCUCGAGGAGAUGAAGGACACAAUUAUUGAGCUCAAGCAAGCGAUCACAGAGAUGAAGAAUCUAGAAGACGGUGAUUCUGUGGCUGAGCAUAUUACAAACGUUAGGACUUGGGUGAGCUCGGCGUUGACAGACGAAGGGACUUGCACGGACGGGUUCGAGGAGGUGAAAGUGAAUAAAGAAACAACGAAGAAGGUUAAGAAGGUUGUUGAGGAACUUGCAAUGACGACGAGUAAUACCUUGGCGCUUAUUACGAAUCUACGUUACUAGCUAAUGAUUUUUUGUUUUUUUUAAAGGUUAUGAAAAUUAUUGAUGAAUUAUUAAUCACCACUCCUUGCAUGUGCAUGUUUUCUUUUUUUUUUUUUCACGUCAAAAUUGAUGCGACGAAGUUAUUGUAUCUACUAUAUUAUAUUGUAUCAUGUUAGAGUGCAUUUAAUUAAUUAAGCCAACUUGUAUGACAUAUUA